AUGUCCCAAAGUCACGCAGACACUGCUGUGACUCCAGCCCUACUGCCCAACACUGCUGUGACUCCAGCCCUACUGCCCAACACUGCUGUGACUAAAACCCUACUGCCCAACACUGCUGUGACUCCAGCCCUACUGCCCAACACUGCUGUGACUCCAGCCCUACUGCACGACACUGCUGUGACUCCAGCCCUACUGCACGAUACUGCUGUGACUCCAGCCCUACUGCCCAACACUGCUGUGACUCCAGCCCUACUGCCCAACACUGCUGUGACUCCAGCCCUACUGCACAAUACUGCUGUGACUCCAGCCCUACUGCACGACACUGCUGUGACUCCAGCCCUACUGCACAACACUGCUGUGACUCCAGCCCUACUGCACAACACUGCUGUGACUCCAGCCCUACUGCCCAACACUGCUGUGACUAAAACCCUACUGCCCAACACUGCUGUGACUCCAGCCCUACUGCCCAACACUGCUGUGACUCAAGCCCUACUGCACAACACUGCUGUGACUCCAGCCCUACUGCACGAUACUGCUGUGACUCCAGCCCUACUGCCCAACACUGCUGUGACUCCAGCCCUACUGCCCAACACUGCUGUGACUCCAGCCCUACUGCACAACACUGCUGUGACUCCAGCCCUACUGCCCGACACUGCUGUGACUCCAGCCCUACUGCACGACACUGCUGUGACUCCAGCCCUACUGCCCAACACUGCUGUGACUCCAGCCCUACUGCCCAACACUGCUGUGACUAAAUCCCUACUGCCCGACACUGCUGACUCCAGCCCUACUGCACGAUACUGCUCCCUACUGCCCAACACUGCUGUGACUAAAUCCCUACUGCCCAACACUGCUGUGACUUCAUACCUACUGCCCAACACUGCUGUGACUCCAACCCUACUGCACGACACUGCUGUGUCUCCAACCCUACUGCACGACACUGCUGUGACUCCAGCCCUACUGCACGACACUGCUGUGACUCCAUCCCUACUGCACGAUACUGCUGUGACUCCAGCCCUACUGCCCAACACUGCUGUGACUCCAGCCCUACUGCCCAACACUGCUGUGACUCCAGCCCUACUGCCCGACACUGCUGUGACUCCAGCACUAUUGCACGACACUUCUGUGACUCCAUCCCUACUGCAUGACACUGCUGUGACUAAAUCCCUACUGCCCAACACUGCUGUGACUCCAUCCCUACUGCACGACACUGCUGUGUCUCCAACCCUACUGCACGACACUGCUGUGACUCCAGCCCUACUGCACGACACUGCUGUGACUCCAGCCCUACUGCACGAUACUGCUGUGACUCCAGCCCUACUGCACAACACUGCUGUGACUCCAGCCCUACUGCCCAACACUGCUGUGACUCCAGCCCUACUGCCCGACACUGCUGUGACUCCAGCACUAUUGCACGACACUUCUGUGACUCCCUCCCUACUGCAUGACACUGCUGUGACUAAAUCCCUACUGCCCAACACUGCUGUGACUCCAGCCCUACUGCACGACACUGCUGUGACUCCAGCCCUACAACACGACACUGCUGUGACUCCAGCCCUACUGCCCGACACUUCUGUGACUCCAUCCCUACUGCACGACACUGCUGUGACUAAAUCCCUACUGCCCAACACUGCUGUGACUCCAGCCCUACUGCCCAACACUGCUGUGACUCCAGCCCUACUGCCCGACACUGCUGUGACUCCAGCACUAUUGCACAACACUUCUGUGACUCCCACCCUACUGCACGACACUGCUGUGACUAAAUCCCUACUGCCCAACACUGCUGUGACUCCAGUCCUACUACACGACACUGCUGUGACUCCAGCCCUACUGCACAACACUGCUGUGUAUCCAGCCCUACUGCCCGACACUGCUGUGACUCCACCCCUACUGCACGACACUGCUGUGACUCCAGCUCUACUGCACGACACUGCUGUGACUCUAUCCCUACUGCACGAUACUGCUGUGACUCCAUCCCUACUGCACGACACUGCUGUGACUCUAUCCCUACUGCACGAUACUGCUGUGACUCCAGCCCUACUGCACGACACUGCUGUGACUCCAUCCCUACUGCACGACACUACUGUGACUCUAACCCUACUGCACGACACUGCUGUGACUCCAGCCCUACUGCCCAACACUGCUGUGACUCCAGCCCUACUGCCCGACACUGCUGUGACUCCAGCACUAUUGCACGACACUGCUGUGACACCAGCCCUACUGCCCGACACUUCUGUGACUCCCUCCCUACUGCCCAACACUGCUGUGACUCCAUCCCUACUGCACGACACUGCUGUGACUCCAGCUCUACUGCAAGACAGGGACGUAUUCAUUAGGGCACGCAAAUGGAAAACAUUCUAA